AUGAAGAUGCGACAAAAAGCCGAGGCAAAAGUUCGAAGGAGGUGGCGGAAUUUUGGGGGAUUGCCAAUCACUCAACUCUCGAGGGCCGACGAGGAUAUCAGUGCAGACGAACGGUAAUCGAUAAUUGCUGGUGGAGCAAACUUCUCCUACACAUCCCAGCCGAACUGCCGAGGCAUUGGAGUGCGAUGCUGUAGAGGAGCAGCUGACUCUCGCUCCGACGGCUGCCAAACCGCCGCCGGACCUCCGGAUUCUGAUAGCAGUUUGGAGUUGCGAUUUUAGCAACAUUAACGGCCGCGCUCUAUUACACAGUACGUUUGGACUUCGAAGUAUGUUCCUCGAGAAUGGAUGAGUCGAGACCUGAGAGUAGGAAGGGAGCGACUUGAGAAAAACUAAGAGCAUUAGGGAAGGAAGUGACAAAACUCCAUUUGCAGCUAUAACUCGGAGUUUUCAAAUGAAGUAACUGAUUUCUUUUCGAUGAUCUAUUUUAGAGUUCUCGACUGAACGAGGUGUUUAAUACUACCAAAUUGGCUUCGAUCCAACGAUUUUCAAACAACUUUGAAGAUCUAUCGAGCAAGCUCGAACCGAAAACUAAAUAAAUGUUUGAGAUGGAACUUGACCGACCAUCCAGUUCAGAACGAAAUCGGUGGGAUAUCUCGUCAUAAAUUGAACAAUCUUGUCUGGAGAGAGAAGGAAAAUAGAAAGUUUCUGUCAACAAUUCUCUAACAAAGCAAUAAAAAAUUGUUUGUUUCGAUAUUGCUGACUUUUUUUAACAAUUGCUCAAUUACCAUUCUCCUGCUUUUUUGACAGGGUCUUCAAAAGUUCAAUUGUGUCAAAUAGCAAAUUUUGAAUCCCAAAGACAAACUUUAAAAAAAACUGAGAAAAAAAAUUAUAUCUUUCGAAAUGUUUCGGAAAAAUGAUACAAACAUAAAUAGUGCAGAAAUUGAGACUUUUUCCGCCAUGUAUACGAAUGAAAGUAAAAAAUAAGAGUCUGAAAUGAAGCAAAGAAAUUCGUGACAAAAAGCAGGUCGCGGUUCGAACUCACAUUGAAAACAUAUGGCUCGGAGCAAUAGCGGCAAUAGCGGAACAAAAUUUUAACACUGGAGAUUGAGAAAAAGCAAAGGGAUUGAAAACUGGUUGAGCAUGUGAAAAAAUAAACUGAAAAUUAAUUUUUAUCAUAAUCUAAUUUUGAACAAAGUCUCAAUGACGUGGCUAAGCCUACAGCUAUAAAAAAGCUUUUUACUUUUUUUGAUAUAGAAAGAGAAAAGAGUUGACUCAAAAUUGAAUGCAAUUUUGUAACUUUGAAGAUAUGGAGAAAAAACAAGAGACUUUUUGAAAAAAACAAAUGAAUAAACAAGACCGUUGCAAAAAUCUAUGAGCACUUCUACUUCUUGUUGACUUAUAAAAAUAAAUCAAGAACAAAAAUAAACUUGAUUUCUAAAAAAAAAUAAACUUGAACCCGAAUACAUCUCUGAAAUCAUAAAAAUAUCGGAAUCAAAGGAUAUUGUUCUUUUUCGAAUAAAAUGAACUAAGAGUGCAUGGCCGUGAGAAAAUAAAACAGACCUUUCUAUUUUUAGUUUGAAGGAAUUGAGAAAAAAGGCGGAAUUAAAAUGAAGUACGUUUUCUUUCUGAGGAGAUAGAAGAAAGGAGCUGCCAAGUCGGAAUCUUCCUACAUUCUUACGAGAGCCUUCAACGGCCUCCUUCCUUGAGAUUUGCACAAGACCGACAAGCCAAAGAUGGGAGAAAGAUGACGCGGAAUGUGGGAAACGGAGAAGCCGCGAAUAAGACGCGGGAUUAGAAGUUUCUUAUCGGAAAAACAUGGCCCUUCGAAAGCCUUUCAAAGUUGCGCGGCUGCCGGCAAUAAGGGCGUGGCGCCGUUCAAGCCGUCUUCCGGCUUGCCCCCAUUGUUCCGCACGAGCACACUUUCUCCCAGUACUCCAUCCAACUCGGCCUCAGAUUUCCACUUAGUCCAUGUUUCACUCCUUAUAUCAUACAUAAUAUUUUUCUUAAUUACGCAAAGAAAAAAAGUUGAAUAUUCAUAUUAUAAAAAGGAAGUGAACUGGAAAUAAAACUUGUUCUAAGGUGUGAAAAAAAGUUUGGCUACUUUCAGAGAGUCUAUUUUUCUUGCAAAUAAAAUGAUAUCAAAAUUUGAAAUAUCAAAAAUUUCUCCAGUUUUUUUAACUUUCUACCAGGAUAUAAAAUUUACCCAAAUUUCAGGGUUACUUUGAUUUUGAAUAACCCAAACAGUAGCCUAUACAAAAAGACAAUUAUACGAAAAAAAUUUUUAACCCUGAACACUUGAAAAAUCCUUGUAGAGAAGAUAGAUUGGCAAUACUUUAAAAAGAAAAUAAUUAAUUCAAAUAAUCCAGAGUAGUUCUACAAAACUGAGAGAAAAAUUAAUGUUAAAACUUUGAAAAAACGAUUACAGAAUAUUAAAAAACGUUUAUACGUAAGAAAUUAAUAAGAAAAUUUGAAAAUUUCUCAUUAUUUUAAAAAUAUAUUUAUGAAGGAUUCUAAAGGAAGAAAAAUUCAAAACAUGAGUCAACGAAGCCAAAGUUGUUAAUACAUCGCCUGAGUGACCUUUUGUCAAAUUAUUGUAUACGACCUCAAUUAAUCAAUAAAGAUAACGGAAAAAUGAUAGGUAUGAUGGAGAAAGACUGACGCCAAAGGCCAAAAGACGCUGCGGGUGGACCAUCUGCUUUGUUGCAUUAACAAGCGAUUACAAGAGGUUGUCGCAUCAUCGGCUAAUCCGAAGACGUACGUCUGCCAGCAAAACGGACCCAAUCAGCAGAAUCGCCGACGAUCUCCCGGGCAGGUGCACGCAUCCCCGAUCGUCAUAGGUUUGGAACUUGAAAUUUCCAAAAGAUCUAUGAUUGGAGGGUCACAAGACUCAGUCAAAUAUUAGUCACUGCCAUGGGAAGCCUAUUUUCCACGAAUAUCUGGUCAGCCUGUGUCCUCGAAGAAAAAGUGAGGAGACAUGAUUUCCAAAAGGUGAUGAUUGUGAUUACUCAAACUAGGCUUUUAUCCUCAACAAGAACUGAAAAGCUCAAACUGGUUUAGUUCCUUGGGAAAAAGACCAAACUUAAAAAUCCAUAAAAAUUUUGAAGCCACCUGUAACCAAAAACAUACAAAAAACUGAAGAUCAUUACCAUGGCAGUCAAAUAAAUCAAAAAUAGAGUAGCUGGCAAAAGUUGGAUGAGCCUGUGGAGGGAUAACUCGUGGAAUGUACACGCGAGAGGACGACGAGUCGCGGAGACGGCCUACGCGCAGACGCCAGCGGCAAAACGACCCGCGACCCGCAGCCGGUUGCGACAGACCGGAAUCCUGGUUUCCGGCCACUCUCUACUUUCCUAGAGCCUUCACACGUACGUCUCAGGCGGUCCAGAUCCGACCUGACAUUUAA